CUUCUGCAAUGACCACCAGGCCCUACGCGUGUGGGGGAGUUAAAAAGCCGUAACAAAGGCCAAUCCAUAGCCUUUGCUUGAAACCAAAGUGUGAAGCACUGGAAUAUACAUUUGAUCAAAGGCAACCAUUAACUUUGUUUACUAAUCUCUCUCUCUCUGCCUUUUACCUUUUUCUGACCUUUACUUUGCCUCUUUGUCCAAGUGUCUGCUACUGUGAAACUUCGUUAUCUGUGGUUACUUUUGUUCAUUUUACCCAACAGAAGUUUUCUUGCUUUGGAUCCCCCCCCCCCCUCUCCCCUCCUCUCUUUAAAUUGCCACACUUUCCCACGCCCACCCAAGCAAAGAAACAAGUGAAAGACGACACCAAAACUUCGAUAUCUCUCUUCCAACCACCCAAUUCCUCGUCUCUUUGAUAAAGUCAGGUCAUUCGCCCGACAUAUUCAAACACUUGUUUGUCUCUCUCUUUCACUCUUGUCUCUCACAAUAUGGAUGAUUAUUACAGGAGGAGCCAUGUUCCAGCUUUUGGUAGCUGGGAUUGGAACAAUGACCUUCCGUUUACUCAGUGUUUUGAAACGGCUAGGCAAACUGGAUUGCUUCGUUACAGCUACUCCGAGGAUCGUGAUUUAUAUGUUGCCGGCGAUCUCUAUGAGAACGAUGUUGUUACCCCUGCCAUGAUUGUUGUUCCUCGUAAAAAGAAAAAAGUAGGAGAGUCGCAUGUUAAAGAAGGCAAAAAGCAAAGGUGGGAGGUGAGCGAGGAGAAAGCAGCAGCAGCAGCAACAAGCCCCAUUAUUAUGGCCAAGCCAACUCCAAAACCCGUUGAUGAAGACCUUUACAAAAUCUCCCCUGACCUCCUUUACGCAAAACCCAAAAAGAAAAAAGCGUUGAGGUUACUUUCAAGCUGCUUGGUACCAAGUUGUUUAUCGUGAAGCUGCAAAAAGGCUAUAUAAUUAGGAGGAUUACGUAAAUAUUGCUUUCGAAGAAGUUGGCAUGGGGUCUGUUUUGAUCUUUCCCCCUUCCCUUUGUAUAUUAGAGGGGAUCACUGGGGUUAAGAUUUCUAAUUAUUAUGUGAGGUUACUACUUAGGACCAAAAUAUUCUUCUUUGUAAGACAAUCUUUUGAUGGCUCGUUACAACAUGAUGAUAUGAAUUAUUAUAUAGAAAUUAAAAUUGAAAAAAAUGAUUCCUGUUUUCAAUCUUGCAAAAGGAUUCUGCUGCACUUUUUUAAGAAAAACAAAAUCAAAGCCGUUGGAGAAACAUGAUCAUGAUGAGAGAUCACGUGAUUCAUUUGUUUUGAUUAUUAUAUAUGAAUGUAUGUAUGUAUGUAUGUAUGUAUGUAUAUUUGAAGGUAUGAAAGAUGAUUACACAAUUCAUGGAUUAUAUUUAAA